AUGACUAGAGAAGGGGAAAGUCCUGGCAAUGCGGCAGAUAACGAAACGGAGAUGGGAGCCUCGGGGUCGCGGGGGAAACGCUCAAGUAACGCAUGCAUUCGCUGUCGAGAACGAAAGGUCAAAUGCUCAGGUUCCGUGCCCUGCGUUAACUGCAUACGCAAGGCAACCGAAUGCGUGUUCGACAAGGAGGAUAGAAAGGUUAUGGUCUCUGAGAGGUUUUUAAAUGAGCUGAAGCGCAAGUCUGGUUAUGCAGACCACGGUGGGCCUUCAACAUCGCCCGUUGCGAAGCGGUCUCGAUUACACCGAACUCCUUCGCCCACUGCAGACGAUAGACAGCAUUCUAAGACGGACAGGUCUUCUCGAGUAAAUGCAGAUGGUGAUACUGUCCAAGCGUUCACCUCUGUUGCUGUUGACGAUGGCACCACAAUUGUUGGCGGAGACGAGGACCUGGGCGAUCGGCGACAUGAAGGUUUUGAAACAAUGCGAAACCCUUUGGCAAGCGGAUCUUCCAGGUUCCUGACGGAUUCAACGGGCAGACGACGUUGGCUUGGUCCCACUUCAACCUGGGCAUACAGUCGGCAAGUCUUGACUAUGAUUCAAGGACAGCUAGUUCAGCAUGAAUCACCUGAGGUUCCUUUGAAGGUCGACGCCCAGGCAUUUAAAUUAGACUGGCCUUCCUCUCGAGAAGUCGUAUCGAAACCUCCAGUCGAUAUUCCCUCACUAGAUUACGCCCUCUAUCUCACCAAUACUGUGAAGUUCCAUCUUGGUCAGACCUACCAUCUCUUCGAGGAAGAACUUUUCAUGAAUGGGUUGUAUCAAUUCUACAGGAGUGGUUUGAAGACAGGAUCAACUGCUAAUGGCCGAUUGUGGUAUAUUCAUUUCCUUCUCAUCAUGGCUUUCGGCAAGGCCCUCCUCGUUCCAGGUACACCAGAUCAAAAUCCUCCCGGGAGCGGGCUAGUCUCUCGUGCGCUGGAGCUACUGCCUGAUACUCAUGGUCUUUAUGAAGAUCCGGUUCUGUCUGUAGAGAUACUGUGCUGCCUUGCUUUGUACUUGCAAUCAGUCGAUCACAGAAACAGUGCGUAUACUUAUAUCGGGAUAGCCUUUCGCAUUGCUCUCACACAAGGCCUUCACCGAGAGCCUCUACAGCACCUUCUGAGUGAGAAUGAAGCCAACCGCCUCCGUUGCAUAUGGUGGACUCUGUACAUCCUGGAUCGAAAGCUGUCCUCUUUGAUGGGUGCUCCAAACUCAAUACAAGAUAGCGACAUAACUGUGCAGCUUCCCAAGCCAGAUCCGGCGAUCAACAAGUAUAAAGCUCUUGGUAUCCAUGUAGUUGUCUCCCAGCUACUGGCCAAAGUCCUGAACACCGUAUAUGGUGUAGAUGGGAGGCUUGAUCCAUCUUUUUUGAGGAACGUUCAAGAAGUCCUGCGGGACAUGGCCAGACUUGUGCCGCAGCUUACAGCUGGCUUCGAAUUCAAGUUUAGCAGCAGCGAACCAGCUUCCAGGGUUUCCGCCACUCUUAAUUUAUGUUAUCAUCAGUGUGUUGUGCUUGCAACUCGUCCUCUACUGAUGUGUCUGUUGCAAGACCUCUUGGCGAGAAAAGACCACACACAUCAAAACCUUGCAAGCCCAAUAAAGGCACUCCUUCAAACAUCAUCAGAAUCUGCUAGCAAGUCCCUUCGUAUUUUAUCUAGGUUAAAAUCACAACAUCUUCUAGAGACUUUCCUUCCGUUCGACCUAGAGCACACUUUCUCAUCUGCAUUUGUUCUCGCGCUUAUGGGUGCCAUACCUGGACUUCCCGAUCGCGAAAGUAACUAUAUGAAAACCACAUCCAGCAUUCUUGAUGCCAUGAUUCUUCGUGGCAACGUGGUUGCACAAUUUCGAAAGGAGGAAUUAGAGAAGCUGCAGGAGAUAUUGCGGCUUGUCCAAUUUGAAUUAGAUACCACACCAGCAACAUGCAAUGGAGGCAGGCAACCAUCACAGAAUCCUGGGAUGGAUAUAAAUCCUUCAGGAGGAGGGCCCCCAACCGACAGCACUGUUAACGGCCUGGCAUCCGAGCAAAUACUAUCAAUAGCAGGGCUUCUUGACUGGGAGCCGAACGUAUCUACCUUCAGCGACGAUCAACUUGUCGGUAGCUGGUUGUGGACAGACACCAUUGCUGAUGACUUCGACCUCAGUGGAGACCUGCUAUGA